AGCAAUGACUGCCUCUCUGGAGACACUCGCCAGAUUCGAGAAGGAUGUGAAGCGAACCGACACCGGGUUCCUGGCGAUAGCAACAAAGGUUGAGAACGACAGAGAGAAGACCUCGGAACCUCCGGGAAACAUCAAGAAAUUAGUGAAGAAGUUCCAAGACAUUCUUCUGGACGAUCUUCCAAACGAGCUACCGCCAUACCGAACGCAUCAACACGAGAUCGUGGAGGAACUGGGUUCGAAGCUGAUCUUCCGAGCACCAUAUCGGCUCAGCCCUACUGAGCUGACCGACAUGAAAAAACAGAUCGAGUAUCUGCUAGCCAAAGGACUCAUCCGACCAUCCAUUUCGCCAUACGGUGCCCAAGUACUCUUCACACCGAAACCGGACGGAAGCCUGCGCAUGUGCAUCGACUACCGAGCUCUUAACAAGCAAACAUCAAGAAUAAAUAUCCGAUACCGCGAAUUGAUGACCUGCUUGACCAGCUUCGGGGAGCUACGGUAUUUUCCAACAGGAUCUGCAGUCCGGAUACUGGCAGAUACGGAUGGCGGACAACUCUAUCCAUUAAAAUGCUUUCCGAACUCGGUACGGAUCGUACGAGUAUUUGGUAAUGCCGUUCGGACUCACCAACGCACCGGCAACGUUUCAAGCCGAGAUGAACCACAUUCUACGACCACUUUGGACGAGUGCGUAGUGGUGUACCUGGACGAAAUCUUCAACUACUCGUGCGACAUGAAGCAGCACGUCGAACACCUGCGACGCGUCUUAGAAAUUCUUCGACGAGAACGGUUCUACGUCAAACUGUCCAAGAGCGAAUUCGCCUUGAGAAGGUCCAUUCUCCAAAAUGGACACUUCAUCCAACACACACGACGGCACGCACCGAGGAGACAGCACAACUCUUCGUUCGUCACAUCAUCUCCCAGCAUGGCAUCCCAACCACACUCAUCUCCGACCGAGACCCCAAGUUCACCAGCAAGUUCUGGAAGGAACGUAUGUCUCUUCUCGGAACCAAACUCGCCAUGUCAUCCGCUUACCAUCCGCAGACAGACGGACAGACCGAGCGCCUCAACCAAAUUGUGGAGCAACUCCUCCGAGCAGCCUGUAAGGACGAGAUCUCCAAAUGGGACCUGCACCUGCCCGUUCUAGAGUUGCUUACAACAACGUACACA